AUGUGCGAUUUUAUCGUUGCACCACAAAUUACCCAGGAAGUUCGGAACUUGACCGUGGCUGAGGAAUUAGUGGUCAGUUUUGUCUGUAAAGCCUCAGGAUAUCCACAACCUACGUUUUACUGGGAAAAGGAUGGGGAAAAACUGAACAUAGGGAGGAACCGAUUCAAAGUAUUUGACAUGCCGUAUGGUAGCGUUUUGAGGAUUGAGACCGUUCGGAAUAAGGACAGUGGGAGUUCCUUUACCUGUGUGGCGGAGAAUGGAGUGGGGGAUCCAGCCUGGAGUACGGGGCAUCUGAAGGUUUACCGCAUUGACAGGGGAAACGAAUUUCCAGUAGGAUAUCCCAAAAUCAUUGUAAAUCCAGAGCUAAAAUCUGUUGAGAAAGAGAAACCUGCCAUCAUGGAGUGUCAAGCGGAUGCUAAUGGACACAAGUUUGAUAUUGAGUGGUUCAAAAAUAAUGUCCCUGUAGACCUGGGUGACAACAAACGGCUCACAAUCACAGAAACAGGUACGUGUGUGUCAGAUAAAUGAAAUACAAGAUUCUAAGUAAGAAUAUUUAUUUUGCUAUUUAACUACCUUUUAAAGCUUCUGAGGAAAAUUCUUAGAAUAUAUUUUACCAGAAAGAACAAAAUCUAAACCAGGGAUGAACCGUUGAUGAGUCAAAUUAUCUGCUGAUGAGGUCACAGUUUACAAUUUUUGCACCCUUUAGUUUUAAG